GUUUAGUAGAAAAAAAUUCUAGCUACAGCUUUUUCUUGCACUAGUGAUUUCAACUCUAGAAAUGGAAAAAUUCGAGAGUUUUAGAAAAAAAUGCGGAACCACGGAUAGAGGUAGAGAGUAUGAGGAUGUGGUUCUCGCUUCUGUUAUCCUAGAACUAGUAAAAGACGUCGCAAUAAAGAACUUUCAUGUUUCGUCAAAUGAAGAAGGGUUCGGAGCUUUUGAUGACAUAGUUAUUAAAACUGAGUUGGAUAACGGAAACGAAAUAAGAGCAGUACAGCUGAAACACACCGAAAAUAAAACGUUGUCCACAAAAAAUUUGAUGGCAAAAACAGGAGACUUCAGCAUUCUCAAAUAUUUCAAAAGCUUCCAAGAAAUAAAAAAAGAGGUUGACGAAUUUAUACUAUUUACCAAUAGACCAUUUAAGUGUGACAACAGCACAUCAUUUCAACUGGAAGAAGAAGAAUUUUCUAUUAUUCCUGUUAGUGUGAAAGCUGCUUCGGAACUUGCAGAGAUAGAUUGUGCGUAUCAGUUUAAAAUAAUAGAAGAAGAUUGGAAUGCUGAAAUGCUUCUCAAAAUUCGAGAAUACCAAAAGUUUUUUAGUAAAUUUUAUCUGUAUACCGAUCAAAAAAAAGUUGAAAGUCUGAAAAACAGUAUAGCUGAAAAAUUCAAAACUACAUAUCAUGUGGAUGAGGAAAUAUUCGAAAAAUUUCUCAAAAGAAUAACUGAUUGGAAUAUCCAAGAAGGCAACAAAGAAAAGCUGAACAAAAAGUGGAUGGAGCGUGUAAUCGCUCUACUGCUUCUAUCUUCCCAUAUUGAGCCGUUAUCUUCUGGCUCAGUUAAUGUCAAUUCCGUUAACGAUAAAAUGAAAAUAUUUCGAGAAGUCAUUUCCUUCUUCGACAUUACACUACUUGAAAAAGAAUCGUACGAAAAGCUUAAACCAGUCUGGGAUGACAUUAGAAAAGAAAAAAACUUUGACUUUAAAGAAUUAAAUAAAGUAAGACAAAGGUAUUUGCCAGCAGUCAGUUAUAUUGAUAAUAAUACAAACAUCGACAAAAUAGAUUCAAGAAUAUUUAUUCAACUAUUAUGGUUAACAGACAAGUGUCCAUUAAUAAUACGUCAACAUGAGCACGUCCAAAAAGCAAUCCAGCUCUGUCCCGGUAAAAAGUUCAUCCUAGUUGGAGAAGGCAAGGAUGAGAAGUGGAUGGAAAAUUAUGCCGUGUUCCAAAAUCUAUCAAACUUGAAAGAUAAAUCGGACUUACGUGAAAGAUUCAUGCAAAAUUUUACUAUAUCGAUCCAAGGAAAGGGAGAACUUAAUCUUGCAACAGCUUUUGAAAAUAGCGAAGAAUUCUUAGAAAGUGUCACAACGGACAAGGUGGUGGAAAUGCUACAUGGUCCGUGUUAUAUAGGGGGAGAAAAAGAGAUUCUUCCUGAACCUUAUAUUGAGCGGAAUCUUUCCCGAAAUAUUAUUAACAUUGAAUACCUAGAAAAAUUUUGGGAAAACACAAUUAUCAUUUUAAAUUGCGGCGAUAAUUUUGAUCAAGUUAAAGACAAAGUAAAGCAGUGUGAAUUAAUUGAUGUCAAUAACUUCUUACAGAUAAAAAAUCAGAAUUUUGAAAAUCAAACAAAUGAACUUUAUGCGUCUAGAUUCAACCCAACUCAAUAUAAAAAUAACUUUCAUUCGGAUAAAUCACAUUUUACCAACACAGUUUAUAUAAGUAAUAGCAAUUUUAGUGAUUUAGAACUAGAACAAAUUUACAAUGAAAAUAGAGAAGCCAAAAAAUUUCACUACUUUAAACUUUCCAGUGAUUGUAACCUACAAUGGGUUAAAAGCAGAGGCGAUGUUAGUGAUUUACAGGUAUUUAAGUUACAUGAUACUCGUAAAUACUGUACGAACGAAAAUAAACUGUGGUGUUCUCGGUUAGAUAAUAACAUAAAUCUGAUAUGUGGCGAUCCGGGCAUGGGGAAAUCCGAAUUGAUGAAAAACUGCAAAAAUAAAUGUUCACCGAAGCAUUGGACAAUUAUAAUUAGUCCUAACGACGUGCACUCAUUUUUUUACGAUUCUAAGUUUUCUAAAACAACUAAAUAUACAGAUUCAUUUGAAAAAUUUAUCGUAAAUGCAAAAUGUCGCUCACUCAAAAGAUUCGAACGAAGAUUUUUUGAAAUGUGUGUAGCGAAAAAUAAUGUUGUUUACGUUUGGGACGCGCUCGAUGAAAUUGUAGGAGAACAUUUAGAAGCCGUUUCGGAAAUAAUCCUUGGUUUCUCAGCAAAAAGUUUCCUUCAGUGGGUUACUAGUAGAAGACAUUUACAACCAUUUCUAGAAAAAAAAUUCAAUGUGUUGGCACUUAGUAUAAAUCAGUUUGAUGAACGAGAACAACAAAAUUAUGUAAGAAAACGUUUAGCUUCUUUCAUUUCUGCAGACGAAAUUGAGAUCGCCGUCGCAAAAAUUAAAUCAUCGUUCGCGAUUAUUGAACACGUUAAUAUCUUGGGGAUUCCGCUUCAAAUCUUCAUGGUUACUGAAUUGUUUCGUCAAAACAGUGGCAAAUAUUCGAAACUUAUGGAAAAUAUAUUUCUCUUGACUGAUUUAUACGAAUACUUCAUUGAUGAAAAAUUUAAUAAUUUUUUCAAACAAAAAUUGGGGUUUGAUUAUAAAAAUCCUCACAUGGUUAGUAGAAUUGGCGAAGAAAAACAGGAAAUUUUAGGUAAUUACGAAAGAGUGGCACUUAAAGUGAUAUUUUCGGAAGAAAUACUAAAACGAUUAAAUGUUGGUUGUGAACACAAAGAAAAAGAUUUUGAAAAAUGUGUGUCUAUUGGUCUUGUAAGUGAAUUCCAAAAUGAUGUGGCACAUUUCAUUCAUGGUUCCUUUGCUGAAUACUUAGCUGCAACAUAUUUUUCAAAAAAAUUAAAUAUCUUUUAUGAUAUACUGGGUGACUUAAUGUUCAAUGCAAAGUAUAAUAAUGUUCGUUUUUUUUUCGACAUGUUGUUAGUUAAAAAUUGUAAAGCUCACAUUGCUGUUUUAUAUAAGAAAUAUGAAUUACUUAAAAGUUAUGAUGACAAAACUUUAACACGCAAAGACAAAGGUGGUAGAAGUGCUUUACAUGUGAUUUCUUCAUGGGGACAAAGACAUCCGCGUAUAAAAAUAACGGUUGAAAAUGGCAAGUGUAUUGUGCAUGAAGACAGCAAUUUCGAUAAACAAGCAGAAACCGAAGCCUAUUUUGAAACGGUAAUCUUUUUGCAGAGCAAGAAUAACGUUGAAGAACACGAUAGUUUGCUACAUGCGACACCGUUGUCUUAUGCUAGAAAAAGUGAGAGUUUAGGGGCGGAAAUAAUAUUACUUCAAGCAAAAAAAAAUGAACUCAAUCAUCAGUCAAAUUCUCCUAACGAUAUGAUUAAUAUUUUAUAUUAUUCUUCUUUACUUGGAUACGAUAAACUAUGUGAGCUUUUUACUGUCCAAGAGAAGGAAACCAGGAAAAAUCGCCAGUACGAAACCACAUUUAUUACUGCGGAAAAUGCUGAAACACCUUUAUUAUUAGCGAGUAAAAGUGGUCAUCUGAAAAUUGUUAAGUAUUUGUUACAUUUAAAUGACGAAAUUAACAAACCCAAGAAGUUUGGAGAGACACCGUUUUACGUUGCGUCCGAAAACAGCCACAAAAAGUAUUUAGGCGCUGAAAUAAAUCGAGGUAAUAAACAGUGUGCGACACCCCUUUACGUAGCUUCCGAAAUGGGUCACGAAAAAGUUGUCGAAUACUUGGCGACAGCCGGUGCCGAAAUCAACCGUGCUAGGAAUGGCGGCUGGACACCACUUCACAUAGCUUCCUUCAACGGUCACGAAAAAGUUGUCAAAUACUUGGUGACAGCCGGCGCCGAAAUCAAUCGCGCAUUUAAUGACGGUGCGACACCACUUUACGUAGCUUCACAAAACGGUCAUGAAAAAGUUGUCGAAUCCUUGGCGACAGCCGGCGCCGAAAUCAAUGGCGCUAAUAAAAACGGUGCGUCACCACUUUUCAUAGCUUCCCAAUUUGGUCACAAAAACGUUGUCGAAUACUUGGUGACAGCCGGCGCCGAAAUCAAUCGCGCUAAUAAGAAAGGUGCGACACCACUCUACAUAGCUUCAGAAAUGGGUCACAAAAAAGUUGUCGAAUACUUGGUGACAACCGGCGCCAAAAUCUAUGGCGCUAUGAAUGACGGUGCUGCACCACUUUUCAUAGCUGCACAAAACGGUCACGAAAAAGUUGUCGAAUACUUGGUGACAGCCGGCGCCGAAAUCAAUCGCGCUCAGAAUGACGGUGCGACACCACUUUUCAUAGCUUCACAAAACGGUCACGAAAAAGUUGUCAAAUACUUGGUGACAGCCGGGGCCGAAAUCAAUCGCGCUAUGAAUGACGAUGCGACACCACUUUUCAUAGCUUCACAAAUGGGUCACGAAAAAAUUGUCGAAUACUUGGCGACAGUCGACGCCGAAAUCAAUUGCGCUAAUAAAAACGGUGCGACACCACUUUUCAUAGCUUCACAAAACGGUCACGAAAAAGUUGUCGAAUACUUGGCGACAGUCGACGCCGAAAUCAAUCGCGCUGAGAAUAACGGUUGGACACCACUUCACAUAGCUUCACAUAACGGUCACGAAAAAGUAGUCGAAUACUUGGCGACAGCCGGCGCCGAAAUCAAUAGCGCUAAUAAAAACGGUGCGACACCACUUUUCAUAGCUUCACAAAACGGUCACGAAAAAGUUGUCGAAUACUUGGCGACAGUCGGCGCCGAAAUCAAUCGCGCUGAGAAUAACGGUUGGACACCACUUUACAUCGCUUCACAACAAGGUCACGAAAAAGUUGUCGAAUACUUGGCGACAGCCGGCGCCGAAAUCAAUAGCGCUAAUAAAAACGGUGCGACACCACUUUUCAUAGCUUCACAAAACGGUCACGAAAAAGUGAUCGAAUACUUGGCGACAGCCGGCGCCGAAAUCAAUCGCGCUAAUAAAAACGCUGCGACACCACUUUAUAUAGCUUCACAAAUGGGCCACGAAAGAGUUGUCGAAUACUUGGCGACAGUCGGCGCCGAAAUUAAUUGCGCUAAUAAAAACGGUGCUACACCACUUUUCAUAGCUUCACAAAACGGCCACGAAAAAGUUGUCGAAUACUUGGCGGUAGUCGGCGCCGAAAUCAAUCGCGCUGAUAAUGACGGCUGGACACCACUUCACAUAGCUUCACUAAACGGCCACGAAAAAGUUGUCGAAUAUUUGGCGACAGUCGGCGCCGAAAUCAAUCGCGCUGAGAAUGAGGGCUGGAUACCACUUCACAUGGCUUCACAAGACGGCCACAAAAAAGUUGUCGAAUACUUGGUGACAGUCGGCGCCGAAAUUAAUCGCGCUAAUAAAAACGGUGCGACACCACUUUAUGUAGCUUCACAAAACAGUCACGAAAAAGUUGUCGAAUACUUGGUGACAGUCCGCGCCGAAAUCAAUCGCGCUAAGAAUAACGGUGCAACACCACUUUUCAUAGCCUCACAAAACGGCCACGAAAAAGUUGUCGAAUACUUGGCGAUAGUUGGCGCCGAAACCAAUCGCGCUGAUAAUGACGGCUGGAUACCACUUCACAUAGCUUCCUUCCACGGACACGAAAAAGUUGUCGAAUACUUGGCGACAGUCGGGGCCGAAAUUAAUCGCGCCAUUAAAGACGGUGCGACACCACUUUACGUAGCUGCACAAAACGGCCACGAAAAAGUUGUCGAAUACUUGGCGACAGCCGGCGCCGAAAUUAAUCGCGCUAAUAAAAACGGUGCGACACCACUUUACGUAGCUUCACAGAACGGUCACGAAAAAGUUGUCGAAUGCUUGGUGACAGCCGGCGCCGAAAUCAACCGCGCCAUGAAUGACAAUUCAACACCACUUAACAUAGCGUCCCAAAACGGCCACAAAAAAGUUGUCGAGUAUUUAAAGAGAGUCGGCGCUUCUAGAAAGAAUCCUACAAGAAAGAACUUUUCCAAACAGUUUGAUUGUAGUUUAAUGUAGCAAUUUUUCACUUUUAUGAACAAAGCGUAGGUAUAGGUUUAGUAUUAUAAGUAAGUGCUGGUUACAUUACAGAUGAUAUAAUUCAUGUAUCACGUGUUGCGAUUUCACCCAAUAGAAUAUGUUAAUUUCCUUAGAUACACUCAGAACCAGCGCUGGGUAUUAUACCGUCCACCGCAAAGCAAAUAUGUGCCGCCUUUUCAUUUUGUUAAAUAUAUUUUUUAUACAUAUACGUAAUUAUUUCAGAAAUACAUUGAUGAUACUUACAAGAGAAAAUUGAGCUGUUAUUCGUAGACAGUCAUUACACACUUUAUACUGAUUUACAAGGUCGCGCUGAUGACACAAAAUUGAAAAGGAAACUUUUCGUGCUUUAAUUGCAGGAAAUUCUUUCACAAAUUGUUUAUAAUAUAAUCUAUGGUCUGUCCUAACCGGUGCUAAUGGAAAUAAUCGCCAAGUCUACAAGUCUUGUUUCAGGCGUAAGUAAUUUUUUGUCUGUUUUAGCAUCGAAAAACUUCGCUCAGCACUGAUACACAAAUGUAUAAAUAUAACAUAAAAUAAGACAAUUGGAAUAUAAAAUAUGCAUAACAGAUUAACACAAAUAUUAACGGUUAAUUAGUUUUUAAAAAUGCUCCUACACAGCUAAAAAUUCUCUUAACUUAUCCUUAAAAACUUUUAUCCACAACCGAUAUAUCUUGAGGCCAUAACAUUACGGUUUUGGGACGUUUUAUGAGUUUAAUAAAACAUUAGUGCCUUAUAUACUCGUAAAUAAUAAGUUAGAAUUAUUUAGAUCUACUUUUUAACGUUACAUUAAUAUUCACGUUAAUAGACAAAACAUUGUCAUUUUUUCCUUUUUUGUUGGUGAAAGACUAAUAUCAAACGUAGCUGGAAUUGAAGUUUCACAGGCAGUUUCAUUAGCAUUCCGAAUUUCGACUUGUUCAACAUCCUGCCCUUGAAUCACUUUCUCUGUUUCAGUUUUAUUUGAUCGAGAAUCCUUAAUGUAUAGUGAACGACUGAGCAUUGCUUUAUAAAUACACUGAUACAAAAAAUAACUAUUAAAUUUGUUGUAUUUGUUGCUUUUGUUGUGAAAUAUCCUGUUUAAUUGGGGUUGCUGCGGCAGCAUGUGCAAGCGUUGUUAGAAGGAAGCGAGUCCGAAGUCAAGCUGAGUUGCAUUUCCUUUUCCGCGAUUGCUAAGUAUCGACUCAAUCAAAAUUAAGGAGGUCAUGUCAUUACUCCGCAACUAUGGCCGGUCACAUGACUAUAGUUGUCAAUAUAUAACUUUUGGCUCACACCUGAAGAAGUUAGUUGUAUUAGUUGUAUUAGUCGUAUUUGUAUUUGUAGUUGAAGAAGUAGUUGUAGUUGUAGCAGACAAGGGAUAAUUGUAACCAACACCCGUACCAGCGACAUUUUCUUCUAAUAAAUUUGAUAUACUGCCCAAUCUGUUUGAAUUGCCAACCCCUACGCGCAACACUUUGAAAACUUCAUUUAGUAAUCUUGAUUCUUUUUAAACAUUUUCGACUUUUUACGAGUUUACGUCAGAUAUUUCUGAAAAGAAAUGGACAUUAAAUUAUAUAUUUUUUAUAUAAUUUUCCAACAAACACGUAAACAGUUAAUGUCUUAAUAAUAUCCUUAAUAUUUAAGUCCAACUCAUUACUCACAGUUAAUCUCUUCAGUUUAAAGGUUUAUUCGUCGCAAAAAAUAUUGUACACAACACGUUCGUGAGCCUGCUUCCCGCAUUCACGCAAAUGCGGCACUCCCUUCGGUCGUGCCUCAAACAAGCGUUCAUGCGGGAAGCAGGCUAUCCCGAACUAGUUGCGUAAAUUACUAUUUUGUUCUUCGUUGGAAUCUUAUACAUAUACGUAUUACUUGCUAUUAUCCGAAACCAACUUAAAAAAUAAUAAUAAUCUACGUAGGUCUGAAAUCAAUGAAAACGUAUCGUCUGCGUAUAAAUACCAGAACAAAGAAAAAAUUAGGAAAACCGGCAAAAUUUCUUUACAUCACUGCAUCGCUUCUGCUUUUUCGUGAUAUUCAUGACUUGGUCCGGUACUACAUUGUAUAUUUUUUUCGCAACUACUUAGUAUUAUUGAGUUUAAUCAAAGAUUAAAAAUUAUUAGUAACAGUACAAACACUGUUACGAAUAAAAUAAGACCUCGACAUAAAACAGAAUUGUGUUUUCUCUUUUAUUAAAUAAACAAAAAGCAAUGCAUGAGACCGUUUAGCAUGUUCCUCCAUAUUUUCCUGAUUGAUUUUACGACAAUUUAAAGAUGCAAAAGGAUCAACCAAGAAAAUGAAGAAAUAAUUUUGAAUCCCCUUAUCAGUCACAAAUUAUAAUAAAAAGGUGUAAUUUAUCGUAAAUUUAGCCCUAUUGUAAAAUGCAGUACAAGUGAAACUGUAAAAAUACAUAUCUAUAGCAAAGCAAAGGUAUACACAAGAAAGAAGAAAUAAUAAAAUACCUUCAUUCUUCUAGAAAAUAACGACUGACUCAAGUAAUAACGUUGAACUCUCCAGAAUGAUCCAAUCUUCCUUAGGUCAUUUUAUUACGCCGCGCCGUGGUUGGUGGACUAAGUGUCCAAAUUAGGACAAGCGGCUUAGGCAAUGGAGGAUCACCUUCAAGAAACCAAGGAUCUUUUUCGAACACUUCACGAAAUUUUUUUUUAUUUUUUUUUUCUAGGACAUCGAGAGAGCUCUCUAGAGCAGUUAUCCCGAGCGUCUGCACGAAAAACUCUUCACGCGAAAGGAAAAAGUCCUAGGAGCACUAACCGGUUCAGCACAAACAGUGAGACCCUAUGAACUUCCAUCGUCUGAGAAAAACGACCUAAUUCAGUCAACGAAAAACAGCAUCGAGCUACAAACCAACGAAAAGUACGGUACAAAUGUCAAAAUCGGAGAAAUCCUAGUUAUCGAAAAAGCAUACGAAGUGGUACCAUGAUUGUUGCUUCUGUUAUGGAUGCCUGGUGCUUUGCCAAAAUCCGACACCAUGCACCAAGUGUCACAGAUGGUUGUAUUUUAGCGAAACGUGCAAAGGAAAGGAUUUUCAAAUUCUUAGUCAGUCCAUGUAUCUCACUGACUACUGGCUGCUUGCUUUAAAAAUCACGCUUGUGGCAACGAAUGACGAAAAUAACACCGAACCCGAUUAUUGUUCUGACAGUUAUAAGAGAGUUGCAGAAUUGCGGAUUCACAGCCUUGAAUAUAUGUUAUAUGUCUUUGUCUUUGUCCUCUGUGAAAUUUUUCGAUUCGUUAAGAGAAAAGUCUACGCUAUUCGAAGAGAUCAGCGGAUGUGAGGAAAGGUUAAAAGAAUUAUAUUUCUGGAACCUCUAGAUGUGUAAGGUCAACUAUAUCGGGAUGGAUGACUGGUAUAGUCACCAUAAAUAUGAGAGUCCUGUGUGUGGAACUGGGCUAUAUCCUCUAUUCAACAUGUUUGUGAAUUCAUUCUGGAUCUACAAUGAUUAUUAUCAGAGGUUUUUCACACAUUAAGAAAGGAGAACAAUGCUUCAAAUCUUACGGUGAAAAAAUUAAGAUGCGAUCCCACAAGGAAAUAAUGGUUGCGAGCAGAAAUCUCCCGUUACUUAGGUAUAACUGUUUUGUAAUAGUGUUAGUAGUAGAAUUAGCAAAAAACGACUUCAGGAAAUUGAACGACCAAAAGAUAUUGUGUCAAUCGUCUCUUUUGUAGUGUUGCAAAGAACUGACUACAGUAAAGUUCAUGUUAGAUUUGUAUGUAUUUUGUAUUGCUAGCUCAUUUUUCUAUCUUUUCUGUAUAGGUUAAGGAAUAAGUAAUUUCAUGUACAAAGAACAAGAAUUUUGUCAAGGUAUUUAAACAAUAUAAUGUUUUAUGAACAAGA